AAAACGUUGCCGUCUCCCCCGAUUCCGACUCAUACAUACAAUAUAUACAAUAUAUAUAUAUAUAUUAUCAAAGUUUUCGCACGUUCGAUUGAAUCGGCAGACGCGUGGUUUAACCUACCUUAAGUUUUUACACAGUCUCUCUGUUGAUUAUUUAUAUACUAAACAUAUCUAUUUCGAAUAGUACGUGCGCGUUUUUCUCUAAAUUCAACUUUGCAUGGGUAAUCAUAAUAAAAAGAACUCCCCCGCAUGGCUGCACUCCAGUCGCAUAUAGCUGAUCCAAUUACAAAGAAUUUUAUCAACCAAACAAACUGCCCAAUUAAAGUACAGUAGAUAUUCAACGAGACCACCGAACUAUCAGCGAGCCAAGGCCACACAAAACAACCGCCCAAAAUCAGAAGCCAAUUUAUAUACACAAAUAUAUAUUGAUAUAUAUAUAUAUAUAUCCUAAUGGAUCUGAAGCACAGCGCCAGCGGCGCCGUCGAGAGCGCCGAUUCAUAUAUAGCCAGCAGCAAGUCAACGGACAUGAUCACGCCCAAGGACAAGGAGAGCAAAGAAAACAACAAAUUGGCCAAUGCGCCAGCUGAAGGUUACAAAGUCUAUGCGCGUCGCUGGGCGGUGCUCAUACUCUUUGUAUUCUAUUCAGCCUCGAAUGCCAUGCAAUGGAUACAAUACACCAUCAUCAACAAUAUAAUAACACGCUAUUAUGGCAUCAGUGACAAGUGGGUGGACUGGACGUCCAUGAUUUAUAUGAUAUUGUAUAUACCGCUCAUAUUUCCGGGCAGCUGGUUCCUCGACAAAGUGGGUCUGCGCAUAACGGCACUCGUUGGCAUUGUGGGCACCUGCAUAGGCGCCUGGAUAAAGGUAUUUUCGGUGGAUCCGUCGCUCUUCUAUGUCAGCUUCAUAGGACAGUCAAUUGUGGCGCUUGCCCAGGUGUGCAUAUUGUCGCUACCCGCGCGUUUGGCUGCCGUCUGGUUCGGACCCGAUCAGGUGUCAUCCGCCACCAGCGUUGGCGUCUUUGGGAAUCAGCUGGGCGUGGCCGUUGGCUUUGUGCUGCCGCCGAUGCUGGUGCCGAACUCCGAGGACAUCAACCAGGUGGGCAGCGAUCUGCAGAUGAUGUUCUACCUGGUGGCCGGGCUGACCAGCAUACUGCUCGUCCUGAUGGCCAUAUUCUUCCAGGAUCGGCCGCCGACGCCGCCGUCUGCGGCACAGGAGGAGUCACAGCGCCUGGAGGGCAUGGUCGAGGAGCAGGUCAGCUUCCUGCAAUCGCUGAAGAAUCUGAUGACCAAUCGCAAUUUCAUAUUCUUGCUGCUCUCCUAUGGCAUCAAUGUGGGCGUAUUCUAUGCCAUCUCCACGCUGCUCAAUCCGGUGGUGCUCAAGUAUUAUCCAGGUCAUGAGGUCGACACAGGUCGCAUUGGUCUGAGCAUUGUGCUGGCUGGCAUGCUGGGCUCCGUUGUCUCUGGCAUAGUCCUAGACAAGACGCACAAAUUCAAGGAGACAACGCUGGCGGUCUAUGCCCUUUCCAUGGUGGGCAUGUGGAUAUUCACGUUCACGCUGGACACCGGACACAUUGCGGUGGUUUAUCUGACAGCCUCGCUGCUGGGCUUUUUUAUGACUGGCUAUUUGCCGGUGGGCUUUGAAUUUGGCGCCGAGCUAACGUUCCCCGAGCCGGAGGGCACCUCGUCCGGCCUGCUGAACGCCUCGGCGCAAACGUUCGGCAUUUGCUUUACGCUCUUCUACUCGGAGCUCUUCUACUCGUACGGGGAUGUGCCCGCCAACGUGGCCAUGGCCCUGAUGCUGAUCGUGGGCACGGCCAUCACGGCGGCCACCAGAUCCGAUUUGAGGCGGCAGAACGCCCAGGUGGCGCCCAGCGCUGCAGCUGUCAAUCCGUAAAUUAUCCAAAAAAAAUGAUAGAUAAGAAAAGAGAAGAAUAAGUAAAUACACACACACACACCCACACACACGCACACCUGGGUCGCGUUUAAGAAUUUGGAUAGUUGUAUUUUUAAUGCAUAUCGUUUUUAGAUUGUUUUUUAUUUAUUGCAUUUGUUUGUUAUACUUAUGUUUCCUGUUGUAGCUUUAAGUGAAUCGUGUGUUGGAUUGUUUAUUAAAAAUUGCACACACACACACACACACAUAUACAUAUACACAUAUAAAUACACACGC